GUAGCAUUGGCCACAAAACAAAGGCAAUGGUAUUUUGGGCUGAGCGUAAAUGAAAGGACCGUGGUCCAUCAGUGGCCCAGUUUCUUUAGCUUUGGAUCCCCCUCAACAUUUUGGGCUUUUCUUUGGAAGUAUUCUUUCAUCAUCCCCUCAGUCUUCGCCCGCCCCCCAAAAAAUUUGCGCAAUCUAACAGCCAUGGCUUCCACAGAACCUCCUGCCGCCGUUACACCGCCGUCCUCCAAGCCCAACCUCCUCCCUCUGGCCUCCCCCACAAUUAUCACCCCCUCCGCCGCAGCGUCCGUCGCCGUCGCUCCAACCGCCUCCUCUUCCUCCCCCGCCACCCCCUCAGUCGCAACUCCUCGACCUAUCCCCUCCGACGCCGAAGUCGUCCACAUCCCUAGCUACUCAUGCUGGUUCUCCUUGGGCGACAUUAGCGAAUGCGAGAUUCGUUGUCUGCCGGAGUUCUUCGAUUCUCGGUCCCCUUCGAGAAACCCUAAGGCGUACAAGUACAUCCGUGACUCCAUCGUCAAGCAAUUCAGGCGGAAUCCUUCCUCGAAGAUCACCUUCACCGAAGUCAGGAAGACGCUCGUCGCCGACGUCAUCUCCAUCCGCAAAGUUUUCGAUUUCCUCGACGCAUGGGGCCUCAUCAAUUACUCCCCAGCUGCAUUGAACAAGCCUUUGAAGUGGGAAGACAAGGAUUCCAAGUCCUCCCAACACGCCGCCGAUUCGCCGGCAGGGCCUUCCUUGGACUCCACUCCUCCCGUCAGGGAAACCUCAAAGCGGCUUUGUGGUAGCUGCAAGUCCGUCUGCAGCAUAGCUUGCUUUGCUUCCGACAAGGUAAAUCUCGCCUCCUCUUUUCACUGUAAUGGAAUCCAUACUAUUAAGGGAAACCCGUCUGCAGCUUUCUGCGCCAUCGCUAGUCUGGAGCAUUGCUCAACUAAUUUGGUCCUGAUUGUAUUGAACCAGUACGACAUAACUCUUUGCGCACGGUGCUUUGUGCGGGGGAAUUAUCGGGUGGGACUUAGUUCUUCAGAUUUCAAGCGGGUUGAGAUCAGCGAUGAGAUGAAAACAGAUUGGACGGAGAAAGAGACUCUGCAACUUUUGGAAGCGGUUAUGCACUAUGGUGAUGACUGGAAGAAGGUUGCACAGCAUGUUGGUGGUAGAAGUGACAAAGACUGCAUCACCCACUUCAUUAAGCUUCCCAUGGGGGAACAGUUUGCUUCUUCCGCAGAAUUUGGAUCCAGUAUCAACAAGCUAAACCAGAUGAAAGAUGAUAACAAUAUUAGCUCUUCCUCCUCCCCUAGUAAACGAUUGUGCCUUUCGCCUCUUGCAGAUGCAAGCAACCCAAUAAUGGCUCAGGCUGCUUUUCUAUCGGCUUUGGCUGGCACAGGGGUUGCUGAAGCUGCUGCGCAAGCAGCUGUAACUGCAGUGUCUGAGAUGGGACAGGGAGAACCCAAGGCUGACAUCAGAAGUCUUCAUGGGGUUCAAGGAUUGCAAGAUGCCAGUAUUACAUCUAAUGGUAGUGGCAUACUCAAGUCUGUAGAAGAGGCUCAUUCAGGUGUAAAUCCAAAGCCAGAGGAGAAGGAGAAGGUAAAUGUUGAGGAAGAGAUUCGUAGAGUUGCAGAGGUACAGAUGAAGCAGAUCCAAGAGAAGAUCAUUCACUUCGAGGAGGUUGAUUCACAGAUAGAAAAAGAGUGGAAACAGAUGGAACAAAUGAGAGAUAUCCUGUUUUAUGACCAGUUGAACCUCUUAAAGCACGAAAGAGCAAUCCGGAAAAGUGGUCAGCAAGCAGCGGAGGGAGUGAGAACACAGGGUGAUUAUGUCAGUUAGAUGUAUGUUUCAUAGUAUCAGAAAAUUCCCUGAGUUUGUUUUAAGUAUUUUGAUUAGGUAGACGAAGAGUAGAUAGUUCACUCCACUGGAUGAUGUAACAAAAUUAAAGGCUAUGCUCGCCGCUGUAACUUACUCAGUUCAGUUGUAUCAAACAUAACACAAAUGAGACGUAUUUAUUGUCAACAGACA